AUGAGAAAAAUCAAUAAUUAUGUAAAGUGUUGUAAAAUAGUACAAUAAUCAACAUUAAUUGUAAACAAAUGCUAUUUUGAUUUAUUUUUUGAACUUAAAUAUUCGAUUUUUUUCUUUCAGAAUUGAAGGCAGGAUAGAAACUUAGAUUACUAACAGUAACAGUAUCUUUAUCACUGGAUUAAACUUUGUUUUAGAUAAAUAUUUAGAUUAAACACAAAAAGCUAUCGUAUUCGUGUAGUUUUUAUAUCGGAUGCAGACGGAUAAGAUAUUUAAUUGAGAAAUAAAUUAUACUAGUAUGCAUCACCAAAAACGUUUUCGGUAGCCCCAAUUUCAAGACAGAAACAGACAACUCCGACGUAAAUAAAUUCCUCAAAUUCGUACUAGAGUAUAACACUUUCUGUAAUCACUGUUUAUUAAUCUUUAUACUACUCGGAUUUCACCAUUUUCAAGUCUCCACACCCUAGAAAAAUCUCACGCACAGACACACACCCCCACUGCGUGUUUUAGCUGAAGCAAGAAAUAUAGCAAAGAUCCCCUCCAAAGGAAAGAGCUCAACCAAAAUCCUGGCCUAGUAGCUUGUUGAAGGAAAUGGGGCGUUGUGGAAGAUUGAAAGCUGCAAUCUUGCUGCCUUUUCUAGUGCUGAUUUGGGCGGAAUUAGUGGUGGGUCGGUUUCAGGUGGAGAAGAACAGUCUGAGAGUGUUAUCGCCGGAAAGCAUUAGGGGAAAUCACGAUAGUGCCAUCGGCAACUUUGGGCUUCCACAAUAUGGUGGAAGCAUGGCUGGAACUGUGGUGUAUCCAAAGGAUAAUAGAAAGGGCUGCCAUAAAUUUGAUGAUUCUGGGAUUUCUUUCAAGACCAAGCCUGGAGGUUUACCCACCUUUGUGCUCGUUGAUCGUGGAGAUUGCUUUUUUGCUUUAAAAGUUUGGAAUGCCCAGAAUGCUGGUGCAGCUGCUGUUCUAGUGGCUGACCACCUCGAUGAACCUUUGAUUACGAUGGACUCACCCGAAGAGGAUCGUGCAUCUGCAGAAUAUAUUGCAAAUAUAACAAUACCAUCUGCACUGAUUGAUAAAAGUUUCGGUGAGAAACUAAAGAAAGCACUCAGUAAGGGAGAUAUGGUGAAUGUAAAUCUCGACUGGAGAGAAGCCGUCCCCCACCCGGAUGAUCGAGUGGAAUACGAACUGUGGACUAACAGCAAUGACGAGUGUGGGGUUAAGUGUGAUAUGUUGAUGGAGUUCUUGAAGGAUUUUAAGGGUGCAGCCCUAAUGCUCGAGCAAGGUGGCUAUACUCAGUUUACUCCGCACUAUAUAACGUGGUACUGCCCUGAAGCGUUCACUGUGAGCAAACAAUGCAAGUCUCAAUGCCUCAACCAUGGAAGAUACUGUGCUCCAGACCCGGAGCAAGAUUUUAACUCUGGUUAUGAUGGAAAAGAUGUGGUGCUUGAGAACUUGAGACAACUAUGUGUUUUCAGAGUGGCCAAUGAGACCCGAAAGCCGUGGAUCUGGUGGGACUAUGUUACUGAUUUCCAUAUAAGAUGCCCCAUGAAGGAGAAGAAAUAUGGCAAGGAAUGUGCUGAAGAGGUUAUCAAAUCUUUAGGUCUUGAUCUGAGUAAAAUCGAAAAGUGCAUGGGCGACCCUGAUGCAGAUGCAGACAAUCCUAUUCUGAAAGAAGAGCAGGAAGCUCAAAUUGGUAAAGGAACACGUGGCGAUGUAACCAUUUUGCCUACCCUUGUCGUGAAUAAUCGCCAAUAUCGAGGAAAAUUGGAGAAAGGUGCUGUCUCGAGAGCCAUAUGUGCUGGUUUUGAAGAAACUACGGAGCCAUCUGUUUGUUUAAAUGGCGAUGUAGAAACAAAUGAGUGCUUGCACCAUAAUGGUGGCUGCUGGGAAGACAAAGCAGCAAAUGUUACAGCUUGCAAGGACACAUUUCGAGGAAGAGUGUGUGAAUGCCCAGUAGUUAAUGGCGUGCAAUUUAAGGGAGAUGGUUACAGAUCUUGUUCUGCAAGUGGGCCUGGGCGAUGCAGAAUAAAUAACGGAGGCUGUUGGCAUGAAAAAAGAGAUGGAGUCACUUUCUCUGCCUGUGUGGAUACUGACGAUGGAAAAUGUACAUGCCCUCCAGGAUUUAAAGGUGAUGGUGUUAAAAAUUGUGAAGAUAUCAAUGAAUGUAAGGAGAAGAAAGCCUGUCAAUGCAAAGAGUGCAACUGCAGAAACACAUGGGGCAGUUAUGAGUGCACUUGUAGCAGCGGCCUGUUGUAUAUCAGGGACCACGAUACCUGCAUCAGUAAGAGUGCUUCCGAAGUGAAGUAUGGUUGGAGCGCUGUUUGGCUUGUUCUGAUUGUGGUGGGUUUGGCUGGUGGUGGUGGUUAUCUUGUGUACAAACAGAGGUUGAGGUCGUAUAUGGACUCAGAGAUCAGGGCUAUAAUGGCCCAAUACAUGCCUCUGGACAGCCAGAAUGAGGUAGCAAAUCAUGUGGAUGAAGAUCGUGCUUGAGUAUGAUUCUGAAUGCAACGGUGAUGCAUAUCUCCAACAAUGGUUUUGAAGGUAGAGUUAUAUUUAUUGAAUGAUUUGUUGGAUAUAUAGAUAGAAUGAGAAUCACCGUGAUGUCCUUUAAUAUGCAUAAAAAGAUGAGGUGGAAACAUGUACAUUUGUAGCAUGUGACUUGUUGUGUGUUUGAUCAAAGUGCAUCUUUCUUUUUUUUCUUUUUCUAGCCUUACUUAGUUGAACCUUAUUAGUGGUUUGUAGCAUUGUUAGUGUGUAGUAGUUAAUAAUGGAUUGGUAUGUUGCCAAUGCACGAUGUAUGCCACGGAUUAAAUGGGUGCAAUCUGGAACCCAUUUUAAUAAUAUGCAACUUUUGGAGA